GAGAUAGAAGAGGUCAUUGGACCUUUAACCGAUGAGCAGUUCUCUUGGCUCGUUAGUCUAUCAAUGAAGAGUACCGACUAUAGUGGCAGAGGACAAAGCAAGGCGAUGUUCGAUUCCAAUAUGGAACAGAAAGAUGUGGAGAUUGACGACGAGGUUGGUGUUGCUGUAAUUUUCGAUGAGGAGGAACGAGAGGAUGAGGACGAAGAUGAGUUCGAAAUCAGAGGUGAAUCAGACGAUGACGGCAAAGAAGAGGGACGCCGAGGCUGCACCUGA